AUGAAGGUGCCAAAGACUAUCACUUACAAUAGUCUUUUUGAUCAAUUGUAUACUUUAAUCGGAGCUGACAAGUCUCGUAUUGAUCUUGACUUAAAUGUAAUCUAUCAUUUUGAAAGUAAAGGUAUCCCUCCAUCUUUGAUUAGUAAUGAUGAUGAGGUUGCUUUUUUUCUUGAUGAGAUAGGAACAUCUAUCAAUCAUUGGACACCCCUAUGUGUGUCUACUAUAGAGAAGAGAAGCAAUGAUCCUUUGGUUACUAAAACACGUGAGUUGUAUACUAUUCCUCCAGUUGAAACCAAAGUGAAUGAUGAUUUUUCCAUUGAUGGCAAUGAAGACAGUUCCUCAAUAGCUCAAUUACUGACAUCUUCUUCGAGUAUCAAUUCGUGGGAAAUAAAAGAUGGUCAAAUAUUUGAGAACAAGCAAGAGUUGAAGAUGAAACUCCAUCUUUAUGCAUUAAAUAAAAACUUUGAGUUUAAAGUAAAGAAGUCUGCGAAAAAUAUAUGGUGUACAGUAUGUGUUGAUGAUAAAUGCAAAUGGAGGUUGAGGGCUACAAAAUUGGUUAAUUCCAAUAAGUUCGAGGUUCGUAAAUUUUUCGGUGAACACACAUGUUCAUUGGAUGUUCGGCAUAAAGAUCACUGUCAGGCGUCCCCAUGGCUUAUUGGACAUGUCAUAAGGAGAAAAUUUGAGGGUGAUAAUGUUAAUUACAAGCCAAGGUCAAUUGUAAAAGAUAUGAGUUUAUCAUAUGGAGUUCAUAUGAGCUAUGCUAAAGCUUGGAGGUGUCGAGAGCAUGCAUUGGCUUACAUAAGAGGUACACCAGAAUCAUCAUUUCAGAAACUUCCCUCAUUUAUAUACAUGAUGGAGCAAAAAAAUCCUCGAACUGUUACUCAUUUGCAGAUGGACAAUGAAGGUAGGUUCAAAUAUUGCUUCAUGGCCUUAGGUGUUUCUAUAAUGGGGUUUAAAACAUAUAUUCGCCCAGUUAUAUGUGUAGAUGGAACCUUCUUGACUACUCGGUGUGGAGGUACUUUGUUAUUUGCCAUGGGACAAGAUGGUAACAAGCAAAUAUAUCCAAUUGCAUUGUCAGUAGUUGACUCAGAGAAUAAUGACUCAUGGUUGUAUUUUCUACUGAGGUUGAAGGAAGCGAUUGGUGAAGUGGAGAAUCUAGUAUUUGUGUUUGAUAGACAUACUAGUAUAGCAAGUACCUUGACUAAAAUUUUUCCUGAGGCACACCACGGUGCUUGUAUACAUCAUGUUAGCAUGAAAAUUCGUGCGAAGUUCAAAACUGACCAUUGCCAUGAAGAAUUCUUCCUUGUAGCGAAAGCUUAUAGAAAGCGAGAUUUUUUACACCAUUUUGAGAAGAUUAAAUUCAAAGAUCUUGCAAUUGCUCAAUACUUAGAGAAUUAA